AUGAGGAACUCUAAAAUAAAAUCUAUAAAUUUACAUAUACAUUUGCACGAGUUCUGGGAUGUAAACGUUUAUGUGGGGGAAAAAUAUAAAAGAAUAUUUAUACAUCUUGAUCUAUGGAUUGAAAUUAUUGAGAAUCAAAUAAAAAAGAACGAGCCGUAUACAUCAAAAGAUAUAUGGAAUUUAUUAUAUGAAUUUUCUAAAGAUAUUCAAAUAGAUUUUGGUAUUUAUAAUAAGAUACAUGACCAGCAGAAACGAAAAAAGGGAAUUUAUAUUGAAAUACUUUGUUGUAUUUCUAAAAAAAGACUACAACCUAAAUAAACUCCACAUUAUAUUCAUAUAAUUGAAAAAGAAUUCAAAAGAUUUCUGUAGAAGAAAAUAGCUAGCUUUAAUAAAGGAAGGCAUCGGAAUAAUGAACCUUAAAAUCUAUAGAUAUUUAGUCAGUAUUCAUAUUUCAUAUCAUAAAUACUUAAUCAUACAAACAAAAAAUACAUAGAUAAGGGAACUUAUGAAUUGUUAUCCAAAGCGAUGUUUUCAUUACUUUUUAAUUGAUCAAAAUGAGAGUUUUUAUUUAUAUCGAUGUAACAGAAUCAAAAAACAGAUAUAAACAUCAACAGUAGAAGGAUUACAAAUAAAUCAAUUGAAUUUAUUUAUAUAUAUUUAACAAGAUCCUUCCUGGAAAUAUUAUAAAAUGCUAGUUAUUUUCAGAUUAUAUAUUUAUAUAUUUACAUUUUCAAAAAUAUAUACUAAGACAAAAAAAAUAAGAUUUAAAUAACUCUAAUUUUAUCGUUAAAACAUUACUACUUAUUAAAACUUCUGUAUAUUUGUAAAAAAUCAUCCACAAACCAUAUUUUACAUUCUUUUGUGAUUAUUUUAAU